AUCAGCCUCGAAGUGAGCCCUCCUGCCUGUCCGUCCCUCUGUGCGGCUCUCCGUCUCCUCCGCUAGCCGAGCCUGCUAGCUGGCAGCCCGGGAAACAUGGCCAUGUCGCAGGCUCUGUCCGAGGAGGAGUUCCACCGGAUGCAGGCUCAACUGUUGGAGCUGAGAACUCAGAACUAUCAGCUGUCUGAUGACCUCAGGAAGAACUCAGCAGAGCUGAACUCCGUCCGUCAGAAGAAUGUGGUUCUGGAGAGAGACUUCAUCAAAGCUCAGAAGGCUUUAAAUAAAAGCAAGAAAGCUCAGGAGGUGGAAGCUCUGCUGAGUGAGAAUGAGAUGCUUCAGGGGAAGCUGCACAGUCAGGAGGAGGACUUCCGGCUGCAGAACAGCACCCUGAUGACCGAACUGUCCAAGCUGUGCACACAGAUCGAGCAGCUGGAGCAGGAGAACCAAGGCCUGAAGGAAGGGGGUGGAGCCUCAGCAGCCAGCCCGCCCCCUAACCCCGCCUCCAGCCCCGUAGAUGGAGAGCUGCUCCGCCUCCAGGCUGAAAACUCCACCCUGCAGAAGCAGAUGAAAGCCCUGCAGGAGCGCCAUGACAAAGAGCUGCAGAGGCUAGCCGUUGCUCAGGGCAACCAGGGCAUCACCACGGAGACCGACGGGUCAGCCGGCGCCAACGGAGUCUCUGAUGUCCCCGGAGGAGGGGAGGAGCCAGCGGGGGGAGCCAAUGAGAGACUGGACCAGACGGACUCCCAGCCGACAGACAAGCAGCUCCACGGCCUGUCAGAGACGAGCGUAGAGGAGAUUGUAGCUAAGCAGGCAGCGCUAGGCUGGUCGGCUGCUCUCUGUCCAAUAACUCACUGCUUUGGACCAGAGCUGGAGAUGAAACUGAGCACCGAGCAGGAGGAGAAGAGGCUGCUGAGGGAGCAGAUCCAGCACCUGGAGGCGUCCAAACAGGGUGAAAUCACCAAACUGCAGGAGGAGAUCACUAAGCUGACUGACAAACUAAAGAAGAAGCAGGAGAGUUUCCAGCGUCUGCAGACGGAGAAGGAGGUUCUGUACAACGACAGCAGGACGAAGAUCGAUGAGAUCAACCAGAGGAAAGAAGAAGAGCUGAAGGCCUCGAACAUCAGGAUCCAGAAGCUGCAGACGGACCUCAUGGCAGCCAAUCAGACGACAGCAGAACUGAGAGAGCAGCUGCAGAGCAAAGAGAAGGAACAUGAGGUGGCUCUGCACACCCUAAAAGACCAGGUAGCCAAUCAGAGCGCAGUGAGUCAAGAGCAGGUGGACAACAUCCUGCAGGAGAACGAUGCUCUGAGGACAAACCUAGCUGCUCUAGAACAGGAGAACGGUGCUCUUGGGGAUGAUCUGUGUGCGCUUGAGCAGGAGUACAACGCUCUGCGGACUCACCUGUGCGCUCUCGAACAGAUCCAGACGGUGAAGACUCAGGAGAUGAAUCUGUUGAGGGAACAACAGGAAGCUCUGACGGCCGAACUGCAGCAGAGACGAACCGAACAGGAAAACCUGCUGGCUCAGAGGGAUGACCUGGACUCUCAGCUGCAGGAGUCCAGUUUCGCCAACAGGAAGUUGUUGGAGCAGCUGACAGAAGAAGGUCAGGAGAAGGAGAAGCUCCUGAGGGAGCUGGACGAGGCCAAGAAGACGGCGGAGAAGAGGAAGUCGAUGCUGGACGACAUGGCCAUCCAGCUGAACCAGGAGAAGUCCGACCACAAGGAGGCGCUGUCAGACCUCAAACUGCAGCACGAGAAGGAGGUCCUGGGGGUCAGGGCUCGUUAUGAGAAGGAGCUUCGAGGUCUCCAUGAGGACAAGAAUCGAUCUGAGGAGGAAAUCAGACAACAGCUCCGAGACGAGAAGGCCCGGUCCAAGGAGCUGGAGUCUCUGCAGCCUCGGCUGGAGGAGCUUCAGGCUCAGGUUCAGUCCAUGGAGGGAACCAAAGGCUGGUUUGAGAGACGACUGAAGGAGGCAGAGGAGAGCAUCGAGCAGAACUCUCUGCAGCAUCAGGAGGAGGUGGAACGUCUGCAGAAGGAGCACAGUGUCCAGCUGCAGGAGAAGCAGGAGGAGAUGGAGCGACUGAAGCAGCAGCUGGUGGAGGUGGAGAAGCAGAAGGACGAACACGUGGACGCCAUCGGGAAGCUCAAACAGGAGAUCAAAGACACCGUGGACGGACAGAGGAUCCUGGAGAAGAAGGGGAGUGCAGCGCUGAAGGACUUGAAGCGGCAGCUGCAGCUGGAGAGGAAGCGAGCCGAUAAACUACAGGAGAGACUCCAGGAGAUUCUGACCAACAGCAAAACCAGGACAGGUCUGGAGGAGCUGGUUCUGUCAGAGAUCAACAGUCCCAGUCGGACCCAGCAGACCGGAGACUCGUCGUCCGUCUCGUCCUUCUCCUACAGAGACAUGAUGAAGGAGACUCAGCCGACCAAUCAGAACAAGUCUGGAGGAGGAAGUCCUCAGUCCCAGCGUCCGGCCGAGCUGUCCGAUGACGAGGUCGGAGAGUUGUUCCAGCGCCUGGCCGAGGUCCAGCAGGAGAAGUGGAUGCUGGAGGAGAAGGUGAAACAUCUGGAGGUGAGCUGCUCGUCCAUGGCUGAAGACAUCUGCAGGAAGAGCGCCAUCAUAGAGACGUAUGUGAUGGACAGCCGCAUCGAUGUUUCCGGCUCGGCGGUCGGAGGUCAUGGAGGUUCUCAGGGAGAACGUGGAGGUCUGGGUUCAGUUCUCAGAGAUCUGGUGAAACCAGGAGACGAGAACCUGAGAGAGAUGAACAAGAAGCUGCAGAACAUGUUGGAGGAACAGCUGACCAAGAACAUGCACCUACAGAAGGAUCUGGAGGUUUUGUCCCAGGAAUUAGUCCGUCUCAGUAAAGAGAACAACCCUGGAGCUGCCGCCGGGUCGGGAUGAGGCUAUCACCUGGAUCCUCUCUGUCCAUUCCCCUCCUCCUCACCUGGAUGUUUGGGCUGGGCUCAGGCUAACACCUGGAUGUGAACUUUUCUUCUCCCCUUCCACUUCACAACCUAAGACCUACUGUGGGCUCCGAAUACUUCCUGGAGCUGCUAUGAUUUCAACACUUCAGUCUGCCUCCUCGGAUGUGACUAAUUGCUGAAGUGCUGAAGAAGAACAUAAUGACGAGGAGUAAAAGUCACUUUUGAAUGUACUGUAAUUAGACUGCACCGCUCUACUCUGUUGGGUCCUGGCUACGGCCUGGAAAGACUUAUUUCUAUUGUAACUGACUGUAAAUCUUCACUGUCUCUGUCUGCUGGGCCUGGCUAUGUCCUGGAUCUUCUGAACUGACAUCAUUGUGCAGUACCUCUGUUGUGAUCUGGUUACUUCCUGGGCUUCCAUCAGCAAAACAGGCAGCACUGCUUUACUGAAUGUGUGGGAUCUGUCUAUGACCUGGACUGUUGCUCUCAGCCGCACAUCAUGGCCUUCAUCAGCAGGUUGUCAGGGAGACGGUUGUUGAAGAGCAUGAGGUGUGGCUGAAACACAGUUAUUGAUUAUUCAUCUAUAAAUGAUCAGAUCAAUGAAAUCUGCAGAUUAAAAUCGUCAAUAAUCAAAUUUUAGUUAAUCUUUAAGUUCAGCAGGUUUGGAUGUGACUACGUUCUGGAUCAGGUAAUCCAACAUAUCGUAAAUGGCUGCUAAACUAAUCAAUACCGAUAUUAAUUAUAGGUCAAUAGUGAUUAUCGGUAAAUAUUUAGCUCCAAUACCAGACGUUAGCCUGAUCCCUCCACUCAGUUCAUUCAUGAAUAUUUUAAAGCUUCUGUCAGUUAAUAAAGCAAGCAUCUGAUCGAUUAUUGGCAGAUUGAUAACGUAUUGAUCUUCUUUUAGCCGGAGAACCUAAGCUUGUUUGCGUUGCAGCUUCAUAAAUAACAGAAAUAUUUAGUCGCCUUUAAAGAAUCUUUCACAUUACAAACAAACCAGAGUUCACGUGUCGGUCGGCUGUGGCUACGUCCUGGACAUUCAUUUACUAACUGAUUGUAUCUUUAGAUUGAUUUAACCAUUUUGUGCGUCCAUGUUGGGCCAUGACUACUUCCUGGAGCUCGCAGCUUCAACCUUCAGUGUCUUUUUAUUUUAUAAAAAAGAAAAAAAAACCUUCAUGCAGUUCGACUCCAGUUUCCUUGGAACACAGCAGGGACGCCAAAUGGUGUGGGCCGGUCUAUUUCCUGGAACAUUAUGAGGGCUUUAUUGGAAAGAAACAUAAAAAAUACAAAAGAUCUGACACUGAAAUCUGAAGUUUAUUUUGGAAUCACUGGAGAAAUUUGGCCGUAACUUCAUUGACACUCAGUUUUGCUUCGUCACCAUUUGGCGUCCCUGAACGUUUUUGUUUGUCAUGAUGUGGUGCUCUCCGGGGCUCUGUCUACGCCUUGGAUCAUAUUUCCAUCCUCAGCAGGGACAACAAACGGAGCAGAAGAUUAAAGUUUCAGUUUCCGUUUCGUGAAUUCUUGUGUUGGGCCGGGUCUAUUUCCUGAUUUUGUCUUUAAAUCUGACGAACUUUGGACACUUUUUCUGUCUGCUUUGCCUUCAUUACUGGAAUAUUUUGUUUGCUCGAUGGAGCCCGUCUACAUCCUGGUGUAGAGUGUAUUCCAGGACAUAGAUGGGCUCCAUAUCUACAUCCAAUGCCCAAGACGUAGACAUGGGGCCCGUCUACAUCCUGGAUUACACUCUACACCAGGCAAACCUGUGCUGGACUUAAAGCUUUUAACGGACUUUGUGUUUUGCGUUGCCUGUAUAUCGAUGGAUUGUUUUUUUGUUUGUUUGUUUUUGUUGCUCACUGCAGAAAACAUCAGUCUGGUGUUAAAAUCUCAACCUGAGGGAGGAAAAACUCGACUCGUGCAGCUUUAUAAACUCUUAUUCCACCUUAAACCAAACCUUAAACGCAAUUUUUUAAAAGUGCAAAAAGAACUGAAAGCAUUAAGAAAAUUAAAACCUAAAUUGUUGCAUGAGAUUUUGGUCGAUGAGUCUUUAAAUCGGAUGUUAGAACCGGACUGACCGGGCAGGAUCGGUCUAUGUGCUGGGCAGUGACUGGGUCCUGUCUCCUGCUUGUGUUUUUGUUGUUUAAAUCUGUAUAUAAACGCUGUGAUACGACUCCUAACUGUAUGAAGAAUCUAUUUAUGACUAAUGAUCAUGACGCUAAUUAUUGUAACUACAAGAAAAUGUGAUAAAAUUCUGUAUGACUAUGAAGUGUUUGUGUUUUUUUUAAAAUAAAUUGAACAGAAAUCAUAAAUCUGA